AUGGCCCGAGGGGACGCAUUUCCGCAAAGACGGAUUUCCCGGGAAACCGAUAAGAAGAAAAAGAAGGGCGUCUUGACCGAGAUCUUCAUCUGUUGCGACAGAGAGAAUGAGAGAAAACAAGGAGACCCCGUUCAUUAUUCCACCGAGGGGAGAAAGAAAAAGGGAGAUUUUUAUCAGAGGCAGACGACGGUAGAGCACCAGGGACAGGCUCCAGCAGGCAUCUGGGCACCAUGGGAUUUCUAUCGGUGCGAGAAAAGGCACGAGGAGAAGCGGAAGAGUUCGUCGUCCGAUGAUCCUGAAGAGGAAACGGUCAACAAACGAAAAAAGAUCUCAGAUUUUUUCCCACCUCGGAACAACUGAAGAACUUUUUUUUCUCUCACCAUCUCACAGAUAGUCUUUGCUUCUCGGUGACACUUUGGGAUCUCAUGGAAUUUUUUUUCGGCAGUGGCGAUAGUGGGCAUUUUGUGAGGUGGAAUGUUUCUGCCACACGAGGUGGAUAUUUAUUUACAAUAGCUGAUACAUUUUGUACAAAGAACAGAGAAAAAUUCAUAAGCCCAAAGUUUCUCUCUACUUCUUCUGCCUGUAGAGAUAUUUUGUACUACUCGUUAUUUUGAUAUCUAUCAGAUGAUUUUUCGUUUUUAUCCUAUUAGAAAAUCUCGAGAACAUUUUUGUGAUGAGUUUCUUCUCUGUCCGUAUCGUUCUUCUUUUCCCCCCUCUCGUUGUUGAUCUCAUUUGAAUACAAAUACAGGGUGGCUCACAAUGAUUCGUUUGCUUUUCUCCCUGCCUUCUCUUCAUCUCCCCAUCGGAGUGCAAUGUCACGCAGGGAGUUUUGUUUGUUCGGUUGAGCCAAGUUUUUUUUCUGUUCUCCGUUGAUUAUUACCCGAUAUGUCGGUGGUUCGCGAGAUAAAGAUUGUGGAAGUAAGUGCCUUUUCCCCCUGUUUUGAGUUGAGUGUGCUGAUUGGUACGGAGUUCAUCUAUAGUCGAGAAGGAAUUUUGCCUCGGUAUUUUUUUUUCUUCCAGUAAUAAAAGAAAGGUUGGCUUCAUGAAUAUUCAA